AAUCUCUUUGAAAAGACAGCCUCCAGUUGCAAACAUUAGCAAAUGCCUUUUUUUUCCCUUUUAAUUUAACUCGCUGCUCAAUUUAUAAUACCGUAACUCUCCAUCUCCCUCUCUUUCCCAAAUUAAUUUUUGUCCCCCCAAAAUUAUGGACCCGGAGCUCCAGCGGAAAAUCCAGGAAACAGUAACUGACAUACUAAAACACGCUAACAUGGACGAAAUCACUGAAUUCAAUGUUCGAGCCACCGCCACUGAGCGACUCGACUUCGAUUUGUCCCAUAUCGAACACAAGAAAUUUAUAAGAGGCGUUAUCGAGUCCUUUUUGCUCUCUGCCAUGGACGAGGAAGGUAAAGAAGCCAAUGGAAACGUAAGAGAAGACACUAAGGAAGCACUGCAAGAAGAACACGAGGAAGUGUUGACUCAGAAGGAGGUUGGUACUGAUGGUAAUCGCGUCAUUUGUAAGCUAUCAGAGAGAAGGAGCGUGACGAUUCAAGAAUUUAAAGGGAAAUCAUUCGUGUCGAUAAGGGACUUUUAUCAGAAAGAUGGAAACCUGCUUCCUUCUAAAAUAGGAAUUUGCUUGACAUCUGAACAAUGGACAGCCAUCAAGCAAAAUGUGCCUGCAAUAGAGGAAGCCAUUACGAAGAUGCAAUCAAUGUUAAGUUCUGGCCUUGAUGUUGAACAAAAUGAACAAAUCUCUAAGCCAGUGACUGAUUCUAUUUCUCAAGAACUCCCCCUCGAGAUUUCUCGUAUUGAGGUCAGCCGUUUUGAUGGGAAGAAUUAUCAGUUCUGGGCACCACAGAUGGAAUUUUUCUUGAAGCAAUUAAAGAUUGUUUAUGUGCUUACUGUCCCUCGCCCAAGCAUUGCUACAAGCCCACCGGCCAGUGCUGAAGAAAUUGCUCAAGCCAAAGCUACAGAGCAAAAGUGGUGCAAUGAUGACCAUCUCUGUCGCCUCAACAUUUUGAAUUCUCUAUCUGAUUCUAUUUAUUACAAGUAUGCAAAGAAGAUUAAGACUGCUAAGGAACUAUGGGAAGAGCUGAAAUUGGUUUACCUUUAUGAGGAGUUUGGAACAAAGAGAUCUCAAGUUAAAAAGUACAUUGAAUUUCAAAUGGUUGAUGAGAAAUCGAUUUUUGAUCAACUUCAGGAACUUAAUGGCAUUGCAGAUGCAGUUGUUGCUGCAGGAAUGUUUAUUGACGAGAACUUUCAUGUUAGCAGUGUCAUUUCCAAGCUUCCUCCAUCUUGGAAGGACUUCUGCUUGAAGUUGAUGCAUGAGGAGUAUCUUCCUUUCUGGAUAUUAAUGGACCGUGUAAGGGCCGAGGAAGAGUCUCGCAAUCAAGAUAAGCUAGGGGAGCCCUCCAAUCAUGUACAUUCACAUCAUCCCAAGUAUCUUGGACCUAGGAUCAGAGAUAUGAAGAAGCCAGGGUUGCAUUGGAAGAGACGAGAUAUAGAGGUAGAUAAUAACAAGUCCUUGACAUGCUACUUUUGCGGGAAGAAGGGACACAUUUCUAAACACUGUCCUGAUAAAAAGUUUGACAGGGGAGCUAGUGAGAAGCAUGGCAAGGAAAACUCAUCUACACCUGCAGUUACAGAGGUGAACAUAGAGCACUGCAGUAACUAAUUCUUGUGGAUUCUGAUAAUUUAAUUGUAAUUGUUUCCAACUCGGUGGUACAGAAGGAAUGAUGCCUCUGCAAGGCUGAUUUUUUGUUGGGGGACCUUGGACAGUAUUUUCAGGUGUUCACACAAUAGGUCCUGCAUCCCGUUGGAAAAUACUUCUGGUUGUUUCCCUGCAACAGCAGAACUUGGUAGUAGGUGAACUGUAUCAACACUCCUUGAUUCCCCUCGACAACCCAUCUUUAUAGAACCGAAGCUGGAUUUAAGUGUAAAGCUCACUAAUUGUCAAGCUAAUAGAAUUAUAGAGAUGUUAUAGGCUCUAAUUUGAUUUGCUCUUCUACAUUACAUUUUCUGAGGUCUGACAACCUUUUUCUCAAGUGCCCCAACUGGGCAUAUUGUAAUUUUAGUGUUCUUUUAAGAGUUGAACAUUGACCUUUAUUA